GGCCCAGAAGACUGGUGACUCUGGGUGUCUGAGUUGGGAGACUUUAAAGGCAGGUCCAUGAAGGAGGUGUAUGAGGACCCCAGCAGGGAGGCCCAGGCUCUCAUCAGCUACCUGAAGAAGGCCAACGCCCGGCCGAACACCAACAUGGCCCUUUUCAAAGCCUACGUGCAGAAGAGACAAGCUCCGUCUCCUGCCCACCUGCACACCGUCACUGCAUCCUCCUCCACCUGCUGCCAGUCAGAACAGGCCCCUGAUGGCUGCCACUGUAAAGGCCCUGUUGGCACACGGGAAGCAUUUGUCUCCUUCACAGCUGGCACACAAAAUACUUUCUCCAUCCAAAACCUCUGCAGUCCCUCGUUGUCUGAGUCCGCUGCCCGGAGACGGCUCUUUACCCACGAUGCUCCUCCUGCUGCUGCUGCUGCUGCUGCCGCUCCGUGCCUUCCCAUCCCCGUGUUGCAGUCCCCUGCAGAGCUUCCUGGUCGCUGGAAGGAGCACCUCCCAUCCUUCCAGCAGGACUGGAUCAGGAAAGCUAUUUUUUGCCGAAAUGCAAAAACUGGGAAGACGGAGCUGAGGCCCCAUCCUCAGUUCUGGUGGCAUCCACCUCAGCCCCCGACUGUCUUCACUCAGCCUCCGGCCUCUGCAGAUGUCUUCUUCUCCCGCCCUUUGUUUCUCUGGAUGCCCCUAAAGAUGUGGUCCGUUCCACUUGUCUGUGUCCAGCCGGCCUGCAGCAGACCGUCCGCAAGGUGUUGGACAUGGACGGGUGGUAUGACCUGGCCACGGAGUAUCUGGAGUGCAAAGGAUGCAAGAAGAAGAACCGGCUUGGUCAGAGGACAUCGUAAGGCAGCUGGACCUGGGGCACCGCACCAGAUUUCCUGCCGUCCUCACAUACAGGACACGUGACACAGACACAUGUGCAGAUACGCCUGUGACAUCCGCGUGGUGGUGCUGAUGCGGGAGAGGAGCCGGGGGAACAGUGUCACACAGCUGAAUCACAAGUUGACGGAGGAGCACAGGAAUAUCUCACAGCCUGUGAGCCCUUUGCUGACUCGUCCGUCAUCCAGCCGCCAUUGUUCUCCAGCCUCUGCUGC